AUGUCCUCUCCCAUUCUCUCUACACAUUCUGGACACCACAGGAUCUUCAUCGGCCCCGUCGUCCAAGGACGCAUCAAUAACAACAACAACACCGACGUAACAGCGACGAGUACACCCUCUAGCCACAGCCACUACAAACAUCAUAAUCAUACCCAGCCGAAACCCGUUCAGGCACCCAAACCCUGGUGGGAACAAGGAUCUUCCUUCCUUCGAUCCCACAUCUCCCUUCACAACGUCUCCACUUCUGCUACGACAGCAACACCUCCUCUGACAAACAGCAGCAGGACAACACCAGCAACAACCCCUUCUCCGCAACAGCACCCUGCAUCCUCCACCUCGCAACAUCAGACCAAUAUACCCCAGCUCUCAUACACCUUCAGCGACGACGACGAAGGGUCGAGCUGCAGCAGUAGCGAGGUUAGCGAUGAGGAGAUCAAUGCUUACGACAGUGAAGACGAACGACGAGACUAUACUCAAGAUCAUGAUGUCAACGGUGAUGAUGAGGACGAGGACAACAGCCAAGACGACGACAACGGGAUCAGCAACAAACCGGUCGGUGCCAACAACCAUCCGUUUCACACUUCAUCAUCCUCCGAAUCAUUCUCCGCUCCUGUCGCUGCUGGGCACAGCAGCAGCAGCAGGCGCAACCAGUACCAAGAACGACAUGGACAACAAUCCUCAGAGGAAUCUGGCCAACUACUAAACGUCGAUUCAAACGGCAACCCCAUCAAGAACAAGGACAAGGGAAAGGCCAAGGAUGCAGAUGUACUGGCGCAACAGGCACAGGACGACGCAUGCAUGUCAAAACCAAAGUCCGUGAAACGGUGGAGGACUGGAGGCAAGAAGCGCACAAAGAGUAUGAGGGACGAGGGAGAACCGAAUCGACUCAAAAAGAUUCUUCGAUCCCGUCGAGCCCGUCGACAGAACGACGAACCAGAUCUUGGCUGGGAAAGCGACGGAUCAAGAGCGUCAAGACCUCGCCUUGGCCGACAGAUGACUUCAGGGGCAAUGCUUGCUAACCACCGCCAUGACCGUCAGGAACAUCACUCUGUUCUUGUGAGCUCACCCAUGUCCUCCGAGGUCAACCUACCUGCCACCAAUGGCCCUAUCUAUGUGAGCUCGCCCGUGUCCUCAGCAUUGGACGUCAGCAACCCCGACAACCUGGAGCGUCCUGACCCAACACCCAUUCAAAAUCUCGGAAGCGCUGCGGGAAUCGAGACAGAUCUACUUGCUCCAGGUUGGAAAUCACAUUCUAACAGCUCGCUCUCUUCUUCAGGAACGCCCAGGAACAGCAACAUACAGCGUGGUGCCACUUGGGCUACGGCACGAGAAUAUGGCUCCAGCUACGGACAAGGCUCGCUCCAUGAUAAGGUCAUUGAGGAGGAAAACGAAUCAGACGAGUACGAUGAGGAGAACGACCAUUACUUCCUGGCCAAGACGACAAGUAGGACGACUGAUUGGGAGGGUGCAGAGGAGGAAGGCGUACCUAAUCAAGGAACCAGUAACGCUGCUCCAAAUGUCACGAAUCCGACGGCAAAAGACGAGACUGCUGCGGAUACGACCUCCAAGGAACCCAUGUCAGCGACCAUCAGCAAAGCAGGCACUCUUUUGAGCCGGACAUUGCUGAGGAGAGCUCCUACAGGAUUGAAGAUGCGGGAAGGAGAAGCUGACAAGUCAAAAGUGGCUCAGCCAGUGGAAUCGGUCUGCUCCAUUGACAAGGAUUGUCAGACCACGGCCGCGGAACCCAGCAAGAAGAAGCACGUCCGCUUCCUCACCAAGGUCCAGAACCCAAUCUCAUCCAGCCGUCAACCAACAAUGCUCUCGACAAACCCAAUGGUCAAGCAGGAUCGCAUGUUGGUCAGGAAGGAGGUGACGGAGCGCCCAGGACCACAUGUCUUCAACUCUGUUACUGCACGACGUUUCGAGCUCCAGAGUGAAGGAUGGAAAGAGUGGUGGUGUGUCAUGAAAGGGCCCCCUGUAGGACCCAAUCCUUCCGUCAACAAGAUUCGCAGGAAGUCGAAGCGUGCCAAGCGUAUCGAAAAGGGCCGACUGGAGUUCUUUUACAACCAUAACUACCCAGAGGCCGUGGGUCUUACUGUUUACAUCCUACGCCCUCGCACCAUCUCGCUGGCUUGUGCCUGGUACAUGGAGAUCUACACCCUGCUGAACGGCAAAGCACCCAUCCCACCUUUCAUCGAGAUUUCAGUUCCAGAUUUCGACGUCAAGAUUCGAGUCCCGAUCCCGGAAGAUUCAGAGACUGAGACUGAGUCUGACACCGACAGCGAUUCCCAGAACCAAGAAAACGACGACGAGGACAACAACGAUAUUGGCGUCAAUGGACGCGCCAACACUGUGAACAACACGAACUUGAGCAGCACAUUGCCUCCUCAAGACACGCCUUUGCAGAGUUUCAGGACAGCGAGGACCAGUCUUCCUGAACGAUUGGCGUCCAAGACGUUCUAUUUGAAAAACGAUGACGCGCGGCCAACAUUGGUGGCGCCCGACGAGGUGACUCCGCGACUUUUGCGAUCUCAUGUACUGGCGCUGCUUAAAGAUGUUCCAGACUGGAGCGAGGUCGUCAAGAUGUGGCGGGAUCCUUCGCAGUUCGGCGAUGUAGCUCUCUGUUGGAAACGGUAUGAUCGAAUUGAAUGGAUCUACUGGAGCGAGCGUAUCCCUGGCGAGACAGAUAACUUGCACUUGAAGAAGGAGCACAUUGGAUUCGCGGAUGGAUCGGACUGGGUUGGACGGAUGGACGAAACUGUUGUUGGCCCGCAAGUCCUGGAUAAGACUCACUUGCUGGAAUUGAGGCCAAUCACCCACUACCCAACAAAGGCCAAGGAUUCGAGUGGCAAGGAGUUGCAUGAACCCGACCCUAUCGAGGGUUAUUUGGUCCGCGUCAGCACAUUUUCAGGAAACCCGAUCCGCCGCUUCAGGCGCCUGUACUUGACCACUCACGACCACAUGCUUAUUUACACCAUCCCUUCGCAGUCUCACAGUCCGACGAUGCAGCACGCAGGAGCAAUUGACCCCACGGCCCUGAUGUUCAGCAUCAGCCCUCACCACUCGGCCAACCCUGACCACAAGGACAUGGCACAAAGUCGAUCAGUCCGCCGCUUGAAGGCGCAAGUGAGAUCGGCACGUGGAUACAUCGACAUGACCAGGAUUGCGGAUAUCCGAGUAUUGACGAACCAGGAGUGGGAGACGGUGCGACAUCUGCCCUACGACAAGAAGGACAAGGAGAAUCUCACCAAACGUGAGCGACUUGGAAAGGCGAUGCAGAAGGUGGCGGUGGCCGCUCGUGAGGCCAAGGCUCGUGCGGAGGAGGCGAGAGCGGCAGAUGGCACUGAAGUUCAGGAGCAACCGCAGAUCGUGAUGCAGGAGCCGGACCAUUACUUUUUCAACACUGCAGGAAUCCCAGAUGCAUCAGAGGGCUCAUCCACUGGAGCCCAGCAUAACUCAAGAAGCUCCGGACAGCAACAACAACCAGUGACAGACCUCGACUCCAGCGAGCCUUUGAAUGCGUCGCUCUCCAAGAGAACAGAAGGACUUGGUAUCGGACACAACAAAGGAUCGUCUUCAUCACCGACUUUUAAAAACUCGAUCGUCAGGUCGACAACCUUCAUGGCCGACCUUCUCCUCCAUAACGAUGCUGGCGUGGUGGAUCAGGCGGACGAGGACAGCAACGUGAUCGAAAUCGAGAUGAUGGAAGGACCCUGUGUUCGGUUCCGAGCCUUCAACUCCGAUGCCGCUCAUCUCUGGCGCGAUCAAUUGGAAAAGCUGUCAGAGUACUGGAGACUGAGAAAACAUUUGGAUGUCAGAGAACAUAUGGCCGUCGCCCAGGCCAACUACCAGCUGGCCUCAAGUUUGGACGAUGAUGAGAUCCAGGUCGGCGAGACGAUCCAAGAUUGGGACAACGAUCGAGCUGUGGUAUCGCCCUCAAUCUGGAACUGGUGUGUUGUCAACGGCUGCCGGAGUGUGACCAGGUCUGGAUACUUGUACUAUAAGCCUAAACUCCAUAGCACCUUCCGCAAGAUCUUUAUGGUCCUGACCGAGGGCAUGGUGAUGAUGUUCCACCCGCACCGGCGAUCCAAGGCAUCUGGACAGUUAGUCCCGACGACGGCCUGCAAGCUGCUGUCGGUUCACACCUUGACGGACAUCUACAUCUACUCUGGACACUUUUCGGGCGAGGACACCCGCCACGGCACCAACGAUGAGUCAGAGCGGCUCCCACGAUUUUACCCAGACGGAUUGAUUGUUGACGACCCGGAUGAGGACUGCACGUUUUCGAUCUGGAGAGGCAAGCGGAGAAAGAUGUUUAGUCGCCGCAGCGCCGCUCUGACGACCAUGUCUUCCAAGGCCAUGACGGGAUCCUCGCGCGUCUUUGGCAAGGAAGGAUUGCUGUCGAGCAUUGUCAAACAAGGGGUUGUCUAUGGAUCGUCCCCUCAAAGCUGUGCUGUCCUCCGUGCGCGGUCGAGGCCGGAUCUGGAGCAGUGGGUGUCUGCGAUCAACACGGAGAUUGAGCGGGUUGUCCGGGCUGAGCGUCGACGUGUCCGUGGCAAGGGACAUCACCAUCAGCAUUAG